CUCGUGCAUUUGCUUCAUGAAAUGGCCACUGAGAAACACUCACGUUGGUAUUUCGGUGGCCUUGCAAGUGUUUUCGCAACAUGCACAACACAUCCGUUGGACUUACUUAAAGUCGCCCUGCAGACCCAUCAGGGAAAGUUGCCGUUACUGCAACUUGUUGUUAAAAUUGUAAACGAACAGGGAGUUUUGGCAUUUUACAGAGGUAUAUCCGCCUCCGUUCUGCGACAGAUAAUGUAUUCCACAACGCGAUUUGGUGCUUAUGAGAUAGGUAAGGAUUAUGUCAACACAAACACAUUUGGCGGCAAGAUUUUGUUGGCUGGUCUAUCCGGUAUGCUUGGUGGUGUUAUAGGCUCACCCGCAGAUUUGGUUAAUGUGCGUAUGCAGAACGAUGUCAAGUUGCCUCGGGAGAAACGCAGCAACUAUAAGAAUGCAAUUGAUGGAAUUUAUAAGGCUUAUCGUCAAGAAGGUUUUCGUAAUCUUUUUAGCGGAGGAGUCAUAACAACUCUUCGCGGUGGUGUUAUGACCAUUGGCCAGAUAGCAUUUUAUGAUCAGAUCAAGUUUUGUCUUUUAAAUACUGUCUACUUUGAUGACAAUCUGGUUACUCAUUUUACCACUUCUCUGCUGGCAGGCAUCAUUGCCACAACGUUAACUCAACCUCUGGACGUUCUUAAGACCCGGACAAUGACCGCCAAGCCUGGUGAGUUCAGCGGUAUGAGAGAUAUUAUUAAAUAUACGGGAAAGCUCGGUCCACAUGGCUUCUUCAAGGGCUACGUUCCAGCAUUUUUGAGAGUUGGUCCGCAGACGAUUCUAACAUUUUUAUUCUUGGAGCAACUGCGGUUGCACUUCGGCUACGAAAAGAUCAGACCAACCGUUUACAGAUAUGGAUCUUAUUAUUGAAGAUUAGAUUAUUUGGAUGGCAGUCCUUUUACAGAUGUAUAACUUGAACCUAACUAAAUUAUUUACUAAAUUUCUUUUAAUGCUGCAGAUUUGCAACUUAAAGCACCUAAGAAAAUUUGAUCCUUUUAGCAUCUAAAGUUUAUAUCAAAAUUCAUACGUAAUGCGAUCUAAAUUAAUAGCUUGUUGCCAGUGUGAAAAUUGCUGUAAAUAAAUUAUAUGUUUAUAUUACAAAA